AUGAAACUGACUGUUUGUUUCGGAGAUUCUAAGGUGGUGGUUCCGUGUGGUUCCGGGGCGCUAUCUAUUCGCGAUCUUGCUUUCAGUGCGCUCAAAAGGGUCAAGCACACUUUCCCGAAACUAGACGCACAUGAUCGCAUUGUUGUGCACAGCCUGACAAGCGCCCGAGAUGGGGGGAUCUUGGAUUGGGACGACUGCGUUUGCGAUGUACUGGACGACCGGGAGCUGGUGGUUGCUCAGUACUCCAUCGUCACCCUUACCAACUGCACGUCAUCCUGGCAGGCCAGAACUUUCCCCCAUGAUCAAUUGUUCCCUCAUUUGUGCGCGCCUUUGAUUGUUGAUCCGUUCUGCGAACGCUGGGCGAAUGCUUUGUUUCAUGGUGACCCCAAGUCGACUGAAGUUAGCGGAAGCAGCGAAAGCGGAAGUGAUCAUCAUCCUGUAGAUCUUUCUGUUACUUUAACGAGCGCCACUUAUCCGAAGCACCACUACUUCAACUCGAUUCAGUUUUCUUCUGUGGCUGAUGAGAGCAAUAGUAGCAGCAGUCUCAGUCUGAACAUGAGUGCAAACAGUUGUGGAGUGGAUCACCCGACGAAUACGCACGUAUGGCAUCUCGUUGGCUCAGAACUCGAUUCGGUCGGAAAAAGCAGCAUCCUUUCCGAGUGCAGCGGACCUACGCGCGCCCGUAAUCCACCUGUUUCUUGCGUCAACAAGGCAACCGAAACCGAGAACAUCGCAUGUGUGAACCGUGCUGCUGCCCCUUUUUGCACUAUCCCCAACGAGUUUGUCCCACUCCGCUACUCCCCACCCUCAACCGAAAUCGAUGCGCUGAAAGGCCGCUCAAAGGAACACUCUCCAGCUUCGCUGCGGGAUGUCCCGUUCAGUGGCUUCAACAGUGUGCUCUCCACUCUCGGUCAUCACUCUGAUUAUGUUGCAACGAAUUGGGGAGGUGAAGAUAAUGUGGGGGCAUCCCAUCUUUUGUGGAACGGCAGCGAACCCUCCACAACAUCCUCCGUAACUUAUGUCCACGGAACCAAGGUUGACUGGCAUCUCCCUCCAUUUCCACACAUAUCACGAGAGACAUCCUCUUUGUCGUCGUUUGGGGAUGCAAAUCGUCCUCACGGUUCGUACGACAUAGGCUGUUUUUCAGCGGCACCAGUUCCACUGUCCCUUUCACUUCCCUCCACGGUUCCCAAUGAGUUCCGAACCAGACUCGGUGAAGUUGGUGAUGACCUACUGGAUGUUGUUGCGACUGAGCCAUAUUGCGACAACUUACAGAGGCCUCAGUCCGCGGUUUCUCCUGAUCACGCGCUAUGUAUGCAUGACGAAUCCGCUCCCUGCACCUCGGAUACAAUCAAUAUCAAAGUUACAGAUACUUCGCUGGACUGCUCGUCAACCGUACCGUGUACUUCUACCAGUGAUUCGUCCUUGUUUUCACUCAAUAAUGCGGAACCUCCGUUAUCAAUGUGGAUGUUGCCGAGAUCACCCGAAAGUCCACAACAUAUCCACACUAGUGUGAGCUCACCAGACACAUUUUCCGUCACCUCGGAUCCACCCUCUCCACUCUGCAGCACAGUGUCCAACUCGGGGAGCCGACCAUUAUUCUGCUCGUUGACUGUCUCGACAAUUCCGGAGGAGGAAGAGGAAGAAUAUUCAGUAGACUAUGACCAGAGUAUCCCGGCAAGUCCUGCGCAUCGAAACCAUCGCCCCACAGACCCGUGUCCCCGCACUUUAGAUGGCCUCGAUGGUGGCUGUGGGAAUUACGAGGAGGACUACCCACUUCUUCGUCCAGAUUAUUUUAUCAGCCUGGAGCGCCCAGAGCAUAGUAACAACGUCAACGGUUUAACAGAGAGAUUCCGCAACACACUUUCCCUUAAUUCGAAUAAAACAGUGGAGGACAAUUUGGCUGAAGUUUUUAAGCCUACUCAGAGUUCCACGGCUUUCUCAUCCAGCCCGUCUGCUACGAAAGCGUUGAGUUGUUUGGAGUCUAGUCAAGCGUCUGACUCUUUGUUAUCUUCCUCUCUGACUUCAACCCUUGACUGUGGUAUUCCGUCACACAAUUCCGAUGUUCGCACAUCUAUUUCACAUGAGAGCGCGAAAGAGCGCAACUUGGAAGAAAAUACACAACCCGAGAACAUUCCCAUGGCCAUUUCACGGUCAUUGUGUACCUCAGGCACGGUUAUUGUCCGGCUAGUGAACACGAGGCCCGGUGAAAACUUGGGCAUACAAAUUAAGCCGGUGUACGUGCAUUCCGUCAAAACUUCAACGGAAGACCUUCAUAAUCCCUGUACAACAAAGGCCAAGAUCGAAUCAGGUCUUGAAGUGCAUAACGUACUACCCAACGGUCGUGUUGCUCGAGAACGCUGCUUAUCUGUCGGCGAUCACAUACUCGGCAUCAAUGGUGUUUCUCUCAUUGGAGUUCCAUUUGAAAAGGGGCGUGACUUGUUUCAAGCUGCGCUCAGGCAAAAUGAAUUUACCCUGGAGGUUCUACCGCUCACGGCCCGGUUAAAAAAGCUCACAGAAGAAAGUGAGCGGAACCUGUUUUCUUCAGCUAAGAAUGUACUCAGGAGUAACGCAUCGGUUGGAGGUGAAGUUCGGACAGGCAUCCGUCAGGACAGGCCUGCUCCACCACCCCCACCAAGACGCUCUCCAAACACGGUUCUCACAAACCCUACCCCUGGAGUUGAUUCGUCAGUGCUGAGCACUUUUCCUGCCGAAGCUAAGCAUUGCGCUACGAUCACUUCAAUGCAACCUUCGGUACCUACGGAGGAACCGAACAUUGCUUAUAGUUUACCGCCGACUGGAUUCGUUCCUAUUUAUUUACAAAAGGGUACCUCCGGACUAGGUUUCAGUCUCACCAGUCGUGAUUUGCCGGACACGAAAGGCCGAGCUAUAUACGUCAAGAACAUCUUACUAGACGGGGCCGCUCGAGUAGAUGGCCGGUUACGUGCUGGCGAUCGAUUAAUCCAGGUUGGCGAUCUGGAUGUUGAUGCCCUUGGACAGGCACGCACAGUCGCGUGGCUACGUGAGAGACCCACAAACAGUGUCGUGCGGCUUUUGAUUUGGCGACCUGGUGAGGAUAAUCCCACAAGUGUUUGCAAAAAUCCGUGUGAUUCGACACCAUCUACGUCUGCCAGCAGAAUGCCAAUCGUUCAGCUCUCCGAUACUUCUGCUGCAAAAACCAACAGCAAACCCACGAGCACUGCUUCUGUGCUGCUCGAACGACUUAGAGAAGAUGACCUGUACAAGAUACACCUGAUUGACUCCUCUCAAUACUUGUUAAUGGAGCUUGACAUUCCACUACCCGCUACCAACGCCGUUCCAUCAACGGCUCUUCCUGACGUAACCUCGGUCGAGAAUUUGUCCCAUUUCUCUCCUGUGACCCUCGGAGUGAGCGUUUCUGUCCGACCUUUCUUAUCCUCCUCGAAUCGUGGCUCUAAGUCAAGCAAAUGGUCCGCUAACGCAGUGUUUGUGCGCACGCUGAUCGAAGGAGGCCCUGCACACAAGGAUGGACGUCUCCAAGCUGGGGACCGGCUUCUAACAAUUGAUGGUGAGCCUCUUUCUGGUCUUUCUGGAGCAGAUGCACUUGUGAAACUCAAGUCCGUGAUUGCUCGCGAUCUGGCUACCAGGCAACCUUGUGUACGACUUCUAGUCGCUCGGUCACGAACCUACGUUGACUCUGCUCACGAAACUUCCACUUCAACUGUUGCUAAGACUAAGUCGCAUGGCGAUGGUGACAACAACUGUGGUUCCGAAGUCAUCGAGCAGCAUCACGCGAAAACCACUAUAACCUCUCACACUGACCUUUCGGCGGAUUCCCCUCCUGUUCCCGUUAACUGCUCCGUGGUAGUGCCCGUAGAGGUUCAUAAUCCAAAUGGAUUACAAACCGCGACCGUACACAACACGCCUCGGUCUUCCGUAUCUGAUCCGGCCCAUCGGUCACGCCGUCUCCAUGCUAUGCAGUUUUCCUUAUCUUCUGAAUCUUUACCUGUGGCUAUGAGUCAAGAUACUUCAUUUCCUCGCCGAUACCCAAACAACCGUCGAAGCGAUCAUGACAAUUCGAAAAGGCAUCAUCUUCACCGGAGUUUCAAACGUUCCAGUAGAAUCUUCUAUACACGAGACGCUCACCCUUCCUCAGGCUCUUGGAAACUGCGGACAUCAGCGAAAUCAACAUUAAAACCUAAAGCCUCUGUUUCCGUUGUUGGUGCUGCAGCAGGCCCUUUUCACAGUGCGGAUUCCUCACCGAACAUGGCUGCAUCGAAUUUCCGCGUCUCUUUAUCCCCUUCACCCCCCACUUGUGCUUCCACCACUCGCGCAAGGAUAUACCGAUGCGAUUCACAGGGUACCAUUUCUUCGGCGGAAAUGUCGGAGUAUGACCUUCAGCACAAUGUGCCAAUUUCUCCGCUUGAACUCUCCCCCAAUAUGAUUGCUGGUCCGGCAUCACCCCAUUGCCAGUCGAUCCAAUACUCCUCUCCUCAGCUGGCUUCAUCUUUCUCGUCCCAUUCGCAACACCAGUCGCGACGUUCUUCUUCCAGCCAACACUGUUGUUGCUUGAAUCGCGCCGCAUGCAAAGUGGUUUUUCGUCAACCACGGAUAGAUCUUAACCAGAUGGUUUUAGUUCCUUUCGAUCCGGACUCAUGGAUAGGACCUGUUCUCAAACCACGCAGUGCCCUUAGUUCAGGAGAGCUGGCUCAGACGAAAUCAACUCAAACAGGAGACAGACUCGACUCCUCAGACACCCCUGACCAACACCCUGUUUUCUUUGAUCGAUGUAUAGCCUCGAGGCAUCCCUCCGGAUCACCUUUAAACAAUGAACAAACUCGUAAAGUCUCCCAUCUGAGCGAUGGAGGCGAAGCACUAGAGAGCGCUCCCAGCAAGAAAACCAUGGACAAGCUGCUGCGCCUAUUCCAAUGGCUACGUAGCUUCGCGGAACCGAGACCGUGA